AAAAAUUAUACUUGCCCUUUCACUUCACUGUUCCUGUUUCUCAUAUCUGAAUGGCUUUCUCUCCUGCAAGUCUGUCCAAAAAAGUCUAAAACCCCCCACAUUUCUGUGACAUUCACAUUUUUUCUCUAUGAAGGUCUUAAUACAGAAAUAGUCAAGCAUCAACUAUAAGAGGGAAUACUACCUUAACUAUCUCUAAUUGCUUCAACUUCAAAUUCUCCCUUAUCUCAAUCAUUCUUUCUUUCUUUCUUUUUUUUCCACAAAACAAGUAUAUGAUAAAGGAAAUUAUACUCCUCAAAAGAAACCUCCUUUUUCAUUUGCACUUCUGGUAAAAGUUCUGCACUUUAUUUUCCCCUUCGAAAAUAUAACUUUCUUUGUAAAUGUUCUUACCACUUAUCUGCAUUUUCUUGUUUUAGCUUAGAAUACUUCCAACAUUCUUUGUACAUUUGCAUGUAUUUCUAAUUUAAUUUAUGCCUUUUUUAAUCUGUUGAAGAUUAAUUUUAAAUAUUUUGGAUGAGAUCUUUCAUGGGUUUUUCUUCAAUUUCUUUGCUUAUAAUGUUCUUUGAUAAGGGUAUUUACUAUUGUCAUCCAUCUUUUGAUCAUAGCUGCCAAAUAACCAACCCAACCAUGUGCUUAAGCAAAUGGUUGAGGCCCCACGAGAACCUUUGGGUUAAAAAUGUGGAUGCAGCACGAUCCCUUCUUACACCCGAUGCUUAAUAUUUCACAUUAAAUAAAUAAGAGGUAGUUGAGAUUUGAACCUGUGAUAUGUUGUCGCUUUAGCCUCUGAUACCAUAUUAUGAUUAACUUUUAUAAAGGGGAUAAGAACGGAUUGAUGAUGAUGAGAUCUUAUUAUUUUGAAUUUAUUGACUUAGAUUACUGUAUGAUCUAGGAGCAAUGGAAACAUGAUCUGUCUCAAUUAUAUCUGUCUUUUGCAUGAUUUGAUUUAUAUGAGGUUAAUUUUCGAUUCGAUACACUGCUAACAAUGCGAAACGAGCUAUGGUUUGCACUGCCAAUGAUUUACUGGAAUGGAAGGAUUUCCCUAAAGGCCUUAGGAUCCUUCUCCUUGAUGAGGACCGGAAUUCUGCUUCUGAGAUAAAGUCCACACUUGAGGAAAUGGAGUUUAUAGUUAUUGCAUUUUCUAGUGAGCAUGAAGCAUUAUCCGCAAUUUCAAGCAAAAAUGAGAUCUUUCAUGUGGCCAUUAUAAAGGUAAAUCAUGAUGGGAGAUGCGACUUUUUGGAGUGUGCAAAGGAUCUUCCAACAAUCAUGAUAUCAAAAGAGCAUUGCUUGAACACCAUGAUGAAGUGUAUAGCGUUAGGUGCAGUUGAAUUUCUUGUAGAACCAAUAUCGGAGGAUAAACUUCGAAAUAUAUGGCAGCAUGUAGUUCAUAAGGCAUUCAACACAAGCGGUAGCAGAGAAUCAGAAUCACUCAAAUCUGUUAAGGAGUUUGUGGGUUCCAUAUUGGAAAUGCAGCAACAAAAUGUUGCUGUACAAACUCAUGUUUCCGAAGAAUCAAUGAUCGAUACAGUAGAGGACGAAGGUCAUCAUGACCAGUCCGCUGCUGGAGACAAGUUCCCUGCUCCUUCAACUCCCCAAAUAAAACACGCGGGAAGAUCCUUAGAUGAUGGAGACUAUCAUGAUCAAACCAAUAACUCCCCGGUCAAGGAGGGUAUUGAAUUUGACGGGGAAAUCAAAUCUGUCGAUAAUACAAAUAACGGCAACUCAUUUGCUGAGAUGGAGGUGGAUCCACCUCAGCCAACAUGUGUGGGAGCUACCGAAGAGGAGGUGGAUUGCCGUGAUGGUUCCAAGGGUACGGAUGGCAUACCUAAACCUUGUGGUAAUAAUGAGGAGUCAAAUAAGAAAUCUUCUAAGAAUGCUUGUGGAGUGAAGAAUAGCCGGAAAAGGAUGAAGAUAGACUGGACCCCUGAUCUUCAUAAAAAAUUUGUGCAAGCGGUAGAGCAACUUGGUGUUGAUCAAGCCAUCCCUUCUCGUAUUUUAGAGCUGAUGAAAGUGGAAGGAUUGACUCGACAUAACAUAGCUAGUCAUCUUCAGAAAUAUAGAAUGCAUAGAAGACACAUUUUGCCGAAGCAAGAUGAACGAAGGUGGCCGCAACCUAGACAUUCAAUACCGAGGAAUUACUACCCUCAUCAUAGACCAGUGAUGGCAUAUCCUCCCUAUCAGACCAAUCAUGCCUUCAUAUCGGAGCAAGUCUACCCCGUCUGGAGCCAGCAGGCCGGUUACCAGCUUCCUGGCUUCCCAAUGUGGGGCUCCCCGAGCUAUCCUUGGAAGCCUUACCCUCCAAUGCAUGCUGAUGCAUGGGGUUGCCCAGUGAUGCCACCCCCUCCUUGCCCGACCUCACCCUUCCCCCAUGUACAAUGCGCAUAUGGGUUCCACAGUCCUGAUACAUAUAGGAAGAAUUCUGCUGAUAUGAAUCCGGUAACGCCAAUUUUCUUCAAUUAUGGGGAGGAAGUUAUUGACAAAGUGGUUAAGGAAGCAAUAAGCAAGCCAUGGUUGCCAUUACCAAUAGGCCUUAAACCACCAUCUAUUGACAGUGUCCUAGCUGAGCUAUCCAGGCAAGGAAUUUCCACUAUCCCUCCUCCCAAUGGCCACCAUCCAUGCUGACCUGGAACAUUAACGCGGGAGGCGGCCCACGAGUCGCAAAAAGAGGAUCUGAUACCACUGUACAACACCUCAGUUGACAAGUGUUAUGGUCCUAGUCGAGGGCCGGUUUUCUCAAUCGAGCGAUCGAGAUUAGGCCACGUAUGUGAUCUUAGAACCACAGAGGUUUUAGUGGUUGUAAAUAGAGCUGACAUGAAGUUGGGUUGAUUUAUGAUUAAUGGAAAGAAAGAGAAAGGAAAAGGGAGGUUGAUAAUGGAUGUGAUGGAUGGAUGUAUCAUUGUUCAAUGUUUGUUUCUUGUUGGUGGAAUGAAGAGUGGUCCUACCAAUCUGUUGGAGGGUACCAUUUUCUGAAGGGUUUGUCCCUUAAUUUGUAGGGCUUAGUGUUGAUAAAUCUUCCCAUUAUAAAAAACUUUUUUCAUAGUAAUAAUAAUAUAAUGAAAGUAGAUAGCUUUUGAACA